AUGUCUACAGCCAAAACAGACGGACAAAGCCAAGAAAGUGAAGUAGAUUUAACAAAUCGAGCCAUUGAAGAGAUUCAACGUGAAACUCAGCGUGCAUCGAGAUUGGCCGAAGAAAUUGGUCCGAGUGGUUGGCGUAUGAAAACACAACGAACAAACAAACGGUUUUUGGCCAAUACAAUGCGAUCUGUGCUGAGUCACAAUGAACGAACUAGUGUCAAGUAUACAAAAGAGUCGAAGCGAAAAUUUGAAGAACUUUCGAAACGGCCACCGAAAUUCGGAACACGACUACAUUCAUUCCAGUCAUCGGACGAAAGAAUGAACAAAGAAAAGAAUUCUACAGAUUCGUCAACGAGAUGA